AUGCGGAGGGUAGAUAUUCCUUCCAGUGAAGGACUGAUAGUCGAUGAUGAGACAAAUGACGUGUCCAUUGUCCUUUACUCCAACGCAUCUACCAGGACUUUCAGCAUUGAUCUUGAUGACUACUCUCCUCCAAUUCCAAGAGAGUCUCAAGAAAAGGAUAACAACUUUCAAGAAUAUCUUGAAUGUAUGGAAGAAAGUAUGUGUAUCCUCAAUGAGAAAACAAAAGCACGGGUCAAAACACUUCAAGUCACUAUUGAAGAUUUUGAAGGCACAACUGCUUAUAUUAAAGGACAAGUUGCUCGCAACAUGCGGAGGAUUGAAACUCUAGAUCACAAAAUUCAUAACACUAUUGAAUCCUGUCUCUCUCCAAUGAAUCAGAAGAUAGAUGACUUCAUACAAUCCUUAUCCAAUCUAGAGUCUGUCUAUGAAGCCAAAUUGGAUCAUAUGCAUAAUUAUGUUACAGCUCAAGACCGCUAUAUCUCCACUCUUGAGAAGUCCAUUGCUGAACUAUCUAAAGCUUCUGCAUCAUCCUCCACUCUCCCUUUCAGGCGUUCAAAGACUGUUCAGUUGCUAGUCGAUGAAGUCAAGGCUAUCAAGCAACAAUCUUCCUCUUCAGAUCUAUGUGCUCUUCAACAAAAGAUUGCAUCAACUGAUUCCAAACUUGACUUGAUCUUAGCAAAUCCAUCUGGUUCAAAUGAGAGGCCACCUGAACCAGAGGGGGAAAAGGUCCACGAGAGAAGAUCAAGUCAGUCUCCUAUCAUACACCAAAUUCCAGACUCACCAAAUGAGUUUGAGAAAAGGAGACAUGAGAAAAUAGAGUCACUUGACAAAAUGGCUGUUGAUGCACGAUUAAAGGCUCAACAGAACAGAGCAAAGUUAGCUGAGAAAGAAAAGGAACUCGUUCGACGACAAGGGAUCAAAGAUCCAUCUCUAAAAGUUCCAAGAAGGAAAGAUGUUUACUUCUCCAAACCUGUUAUCAUAUCAGAACCAAUCACUCAGCCAAAGCUUUCUCAAAUUGAUCCCAAGUAUAAGGGAAAACAGAAGAUUAUCUUCAAGUCCAAGAAGGAAUUAGUUAAAGAAGCUCAAAUGGAGAUAGAUGAAGAAUUAGCUAAGCAACUUAAGGCUAAGGAAUUAAAGUCUAAACAAGAGAUGCUUCUCAAAAGGAAACCUUCAGAGAUCUCGACUGAAGAAAGGAGUACAUGGCAUGAUGAACAAUAUAGAGUGUCUUCACCUAAAAGAACCAUCUUCUUUAACCCUGAUAGAGAUUCCUAUCAAAAGGUAAAAGUCAUUAAGCCCACAAAUUCCUUUACACCUCCUUCAGACCUCACUAAAGAAAAUUGGGAUAUUCCUGCACCCCCGAAUGGUGUGAAGUUCAAUUUAUGGCCAAGUGAAAUUUAUCUAGUUGAGGUUGAUAUAGACGUUGAAGAGAUAGAGAAAAAAUUCUUCGUGAAGAAAUCAAUUCAAGUUGUACCUGUAUGGUCAAAUUGGCAAAAUUGA